UCAUCUGCAAGAGUUUCAUGUCCAUUGAACAAGAAAGCUUCAUUAACACAGAAAAACAUGCUGAGUUUAGACAAAUUUACUGACCUCCUUGAGAAAAGCACCAUAAUUGAAGAAAGAAAUCCUGCUCGAUACCGUCUAAAAGUGAUUACACAGCAUUUCAAUCAGUUCAGAAAACUAACUAGUGGUGAGAGAGACUUAAAGAAACCACAUAAAACCAUUCUGAUGGUUGGAGAAACAGGAACAGGAAAAACAACCCUCAUCAAUGCUGUAGUCAACUACAUGUUGGGCGUAAAGAGAGAAGACAAGGUUUGGUUUGAGAUCACAGAUGAUGAAGAUCACAGCUCGACAGCCUUCAUCACUGUUUAUGGUGUUUAUGACCAAAAGAUUCCAGAAGAUUUAACAAUCAUUGACACGCCAGGAUAUGGAAAUGCCCACGGUAUCAACUUUGACAAAGAGCUUGCCGUGAACUUGCUUCACUUGUUUCAAAACGAAAUAGAUGAAGUAGAUGCAGUGUGUUUAGUUAUUGACGCAUCUCAAACCCGACUCUCCGACAGACAAAUCUACAUAUUUGAUGCAGUGCAGUCUUUAUUUGGAAGAGAUGUUGCUGAAAACAUCGUCUUGCUCUUCACACACUCAACAGGAGCUCACCCUAAAAAUGCCCUGACGGCCGUAAAAGAGGCUAAAAUCGAGUGUGCGGUAAACGACAAGAAGGAGCCGGUGUAUUUCCUGUUUGACAACUGUCAGUCAACGCCCUUUGAUGAAAGAUAUGAAACCAUCCAGGAGCAAUCAUGGAAACUCAGUCACAAUGGAAUGAUGAGAUAUUUCAAGUUGCUUGAAAACAUACAACCAAAGCCCUUGAAGACGACUCGAGAUGUUUUGAAGAAGCGGAAGCAGCUGGAGGCGAAUGUCUCCAAUCUACAGCUGCGUAUUGAAGCGAUGGACCAAAAGCAAAAUGAGCUGAAACAAACUCAAGAAGCUCUGGAGAAGAACAGGAAAUAUGUAGAAGAUAAUAAUGACUUUGAGUAUGAAGUUGAAGUUUCAUAUAAGGAGAAGGUUCCUAUAAACUCAAAAUACUGGCACUUAACCAAAAAGGCGACCUGCUGCAGCGUCUGUGAGGAGAACUGUCAUUACCCAGGAUGCUGGUGGGUCAGAGAUCUCUCAUGGUGCAGCAUGAUGAGAAAUAACUUCUGUACAGCGUGCAUAAAUAAAUGCCACUACAGCACACACGUCAAAGAAGCAAAAAUAUAUGUGCAAAAGACAAAGAUGGUAAAGAAAAUACACGAAGAUCUAAAGAGAAAAUAUGAUAAAAAAAUUGGGAAGGAUAUCUCUUUGGUGAGCAAACUGAACGAAGAUCUGCAGGAAUUAGAGAACGAGAAAAUAAAGCUGGUGGAUAAAGCUUUUCGCUGUGUGGAAAGACUGGAGGAGAUUGCGCUCAAGACUGAUUCUCUAUACACACUUCAGCACAUUGACUUUCUGGUCGAGAAGCUGAAAGAAAUAAAUGAGACCCAAAAGGCUGAAACACUGGAAAACAUGAAGAAGAGAGCAGGAGAAGAAACACAAAGACCAUUGGUACAUUAUAAAAGCAUCAUUAAUUAUUAUUAUCAUUAAAACAAUUAGGCCCACAUCAAGUUUUUAAAGAUGUUUAAAUGUGUUUAUGUAGUAGUAGCUAGAGUUUUGUUAAAGUUUUGUUUUGUAAAUUCUAUGUAAAUUCUAAAAUAAGUUGUAAAAGUUGUAAAAAUACAUUGGAAAAAUAAUCAGCAAUCAUUCUGCAAAUGCUUUAAAACUACAGCAUACAGUUAUUAUUAUCGAUUGCAUUCAAUGAUUAUAACUGCAGAAAUGUUUAUAUGUUAUCUGUGUGUGUGUGUGUGUGUGUGUGUGUGUGUGUGUGUGUGUGUAAGAGAAAAAUAAAUAAAAGUAAAUAGAUACAUAAUUAAACAUUCACAUUUUUGACCUAUUUCUUCACUGACCCAUCAUUAGCUUAUUAUACCAGUAUUUUGACUCACAUUCACAAAAUAACUCUAUAUGGAAUGAAAAACUGAAUGCUGUUAUAGGCUACUAUGUGAGGAGAUAUUAAAAUUAUACUGCUCUGACUAGUUUCAGUGUGCUAUGGUCCACACUGAAUUUUUUUUUACGUAGUAUGUCAUUUAAGUAUUUGUAUGCAUAACCAGUGUAGUACUUAUUAGAGCUGAGGUACACAAACUUGAAUAAGGUUUUUGCGAACAUGCUACGGUAAAAACCUGUUAAACUGUUAAUGAUAAAUUCCUGUAAAAUUUACAGGGAAACUGUAAACUGACAUUGCCAGAAUUCCAUGCAUUGCAUUUCAAUUGUUUUUCUUUGAAAUCACUAUGUUUCUUAGUUUUUUUCUUGUCAGUUAUGCUAAUUGGGGUUGUAUUUUAUAUGUGAUAUUGAAAUGAAUGUUUCUCGCAUAUUUCAGUUGAAUCAGUCUCACCAUGAUGUUGUUUAGUGCUUGUGUGAAUGACACUGAGCACGUUCUAUAUAUGUUCAUAUUUAAAAGCUGCUUUUGUUCAUCAUGUGACUUUUUCGUUACCGCCUGCAUUUGGUGGUUAUCAGUGUAUUUCAAAAGGUACAAAACAUAUUUCGGUACUAAAAUACAUUGGUAUAUUAGCAUGAUAUCAGUCGAUGAAAUUGCGGUAUUUAACUGUAAAUUUAAAUUAAAACAGUAAAACCUAAAA